AUGGGGGGAUGGAUUGAUGGAGUUUGGUGUUGGGGUGAUUUUGGUUUAAAGUUGGAGGGGAAUGUGUUAGAGCCGGAUUUGAAUAACAUGAGGAACCGGGUGAAUUCUUUUAUAGGUUGGAAUCAUGGCAACGACUCGGUUUUAUGGACCAAAGAAUCUACAAAGGAGUUUUCGGUAGCAUCUUGUUAUAAUUUUUAUUUGAAUCUUCAAAUCCCGGUUGGUCCGCUUAAUAGGUAUGAUGGACUUUUUGAGUUUCUUUGGAAAAUGGAGGUUCCGUUCAAAAUUAAGGCUUUUGGGUGGAGACUUUUUCUUGAUAGGCUACCAACGAUUGAUGGAUUGAUGUAUAGAGGUAUGACUUUUCCUAAUGAUGUGUCUAAAUGCGUUUUGUGUGGUCUUGUCUCCGAGGAUAGGGAUCAUUACUUUUUUGGUUGUUUGGUGGGUAAAAAGAUUUGGAAUGAUAUAGCUUUGUGGGUCGGUAAAGGGGGGUUAAUGGAAAACGAGUGUUUGCCGCAUUUUUGGGAGUGGCACUUGUUUUUUCGUUCUCGUAAGGUUAAAGAUAGUAAAUUGGACGUGGUGUGGAUUGCCACCAUUUGGUCUUUUUGGUUACUUAGGAAUGGAGUGCGUUUUCGGAAGGAAGCUUGGAGCAUUAACAACACCGUUUGGAACAUAAAGUUUUUGGUUUGGAAAUGGUCUUUUUGUGGGAAGAUUACUCAUCCCAAUUACACUUUCUACGAAUUUAGUAAGGAGCCCCUUUUCUUUUUAUCGUAA